AUGUCUCAAGCGUCAUCGUUCAAUGGUUUCGAGCACGAUGAUGCCUUUGACGUCGACUGGCUUCGUGUAGACGGCGAUCAUGAACUUUAUUUUGAGCAAUAUGGUAACCCUGAAGGGAAAGCUGUAAUCUAUCUACACGGUGGUCCCGGCGGUCAUAUCAGCAAACCGAAUACCGUAUUCUUCUCCCCUAAGACGUAUCGUACCGUCCUCCUAGAUCAACGCGGCUGUGGUAGAUCACGGCCAAAUGCUUCCAUACACAACAACACGACAUGGCAUCUCGUGGCUGAUAUUGAAACUCUCAGGCAGCACCUCAAAAUUUCUAAAUGGCAUAUCGUCUUCGGAGGAUCCUGGGGUUCAACGCUCGCAUUAGCAUAUGCCCAAACACAUCCUUCAUCUGUGGGCUCACUGGUUCUGCGUGGUAUUUUUACAGUAAGAGAAUUCGAAUUAAAAUGGACCAUGCUUCCUGGCGGUGCAUCGAAACUAUUUCCAGAACAUUUUGAAGAAUUCCUGAAUUUCUUACCAGAGGAAGAGCGAGCCGACCAUAUCGAGGCAUAUAAUAAACGUCUCAUGUCCGACGACGAACGCGUCAGUCACCCUGCAGCUCGAGCAUGGAAUAAAUGGGAACUUUCGAUCAGCACGCUGUACCCGAACCUUCCCGGGCUGGCUCAAUUAGAUGACACCUCCUUCAAUCUUGCUCAUGCGCGAAUCGAAGCGCACUACUUUCGCAACCGAGCAUGGCUAGAGGAAGGGCAGCUGCUGAGGAAGGAAAACAUCGAUAAGAUUCGCGAUAUUCCUAUGACCAUCGUGCAGGGCCGCUAUGACGUCGUCUGUCCGUCAAUCACGGCGUGGGACCUUCACAAAGCAUGGCCGGAGUCAAAGCUACAUCUUAUCAAUGAUGCUGGGCAUAGUGUAACAGAGCCAGGAACAACGGCAAAGCUCAUCGAAGUUGUUGAAGAGUACGCAAGUCUUUCUAUUGAGCGAUGA